AGCCCACGUCUCCCUCUGGCUUGGGGCUGCGGUUCCAGUUCAGCCGUACGCAAGACCAGGACAUUCGCAUCCUGCAGGCCCAGCUUUGGCUCUAUCUUCGAGUUCCCCGAGACUUGGUAGCCAGCCUCACCCUGAGGAUCUUCCUGGCUGGUGGGGAAGGUGGUCUGGUGGGGGGCAAUCGCACGUUGCUGAGCGAGAGGCGACUGAGUGCUAAGGGCAGCGGCUGGCGUGCCUUCACCCUCAUGCCUGCCCUGCAGAGUUUCUUUGGGGGAGAGCACAGGACCCUGCGGCUGGAACUGGAAAGCCGUGGGGAUGAAGGUGAUAUCAUGGCAAUAGUCAAUGCCAGCUGGUCCCACCAGCCCUUCUUGGUGGCCGAGGCAAAGGUGCGGGAGCCAGGACGCCACAUGGCCAAGCGCAGCCUCCGCUGCAGCCAGAACUCCAACCUCUGCUGCCGCAAGGACUACUAUGUGGAUUUCCGUGACAUUGGUUGGAACGACUGGAUCAUUAAGCCUGAGGGCUACCAGAUAAACUACUGCGUGGGCCAGUGCCCUCUGCAUGUGGCAGGCAGCCCUGGAAUGGCCUCUUCCUUCCACACAGCUGUCUUCAACCUCGUCAAAGCUAACAACAUCCAGGCGUCCGGGCACUCUUGCUGCGUCCCCACACGACGUCGGCCACUCUCUGUCCUCUACUUCGAUCGCAAUAGCAACAUUGUCAAGACUGACAUCCCUGACAUGAUUGUUGAUGCCUGUGGCUGUAGCUAG